AAAAUGCGAACCUUUUGUGAUUUCAACCAGUGAAAUCAAAGGAGAUAAUAUCCUGGAAGAGCAGUAACUGACCAUCACUAAAACUUCACAGGAAAAUGAGACACAUACAUUGACUCAUUUAAAAUCUUCUAUCAAUGAAUUGGAUCCAGACAAACUUUAUCAAAUUAUUGAGAAGGUCAGGGCACAAGCAACGAAUUUUGAUGGAAAAGUUCUGUUUAUGUGCAGUGAUGGAGCAGAAUGGAGUGGUUUGGCAAGUGUUCUCACACUGUUAUUGGAUAGAAUGGACCACGACCAGCGUCUAACUGUUCCACUUGUUGUUGGGGCUAUCAAGAGUGUACGGCCAGAAGUUAUUUCAUCAUUGAGUCAGUAUGAAGUGUUGUAUAAAGGGUUGGAAAGAUACCAUGAGGUGACAUCUUCAUACAACAAUGUUGGUGAUGUCAGGAUUGUGCCAAUUAUUCAGACAAAUGAGAAUGGACAACACGAAGACUCUGUGUAUGCCAACAAUGAUGUUAAAACAGCUGUUUGA